CCUUUCCCGGGGCUGCUGGGAUGGUGGCGGAGUCCCGCGGCCUCCUGCCGCCAUCGGGCAGGGAGGCCACUGGAGGCGGGGCCGCGGCCGCCCCUAAGAGGCGCCCCGACGGCGGCGGCCCAGCCUCUUCUUUCCUCGCACAGCCAGGCAGCUCCUGCUCGAGGCCCGCGUCGCCAUGGCCGCGGUUCCCGAGUUGCUGCAGCAGCAGGAAGAGGACCGCAGCAAGCUGAGAUCUGUAUCUGUGGACCUGAAUGUUGAUCCCUCUCUUCAAAUUGAUAUACCUGAUGCACUCAGUGAGAGAGAUAAGGUCAAAUUUACAGUACAUACCAAGACCACGCUGCCCACAUUUCAAAGCCCAGAGUUUUCUGUUACAAGACAGCAUGAAGACUUUGUAUGGCUACAUGACACUCUAAUUGAAACUGCAGACUAUGCUGGGCUUAUUCUGAGUGAAUAUCUUGCAGUUUUUAAGAAGACUGUAUCCUCCCAUGAAGUCUUUCUUCAACGCCUGUCUUCUCAUCCUGUUCUCAGUAAAGACCGCAACUUUCAUGUUUUUCUGGGAUAUGAUCAGGAUCUAAGUGUUAGGCGGAAAAAUACCAAAGAGGUGUUUGGUGGCUUUUUCAAAAGUGUGGUGAAAAGUGCUGAUGAAGUUCUUUUUUCUGGAGUUAAGGAGGUAGAUGACUUCUUUGAGCAAGAGAAGAAUUUCCUCAUCAACUAUUACAAUCGGAUCAAGGAUUCUUGCACAAAAGCUGACAAAAUGACCAGAUCUCAUAAAAAUGUUGCAGAUGACUAUAUCCACACCGCAGCCUGCCUCCAUAGCCUGGCUUUAGAAGAACCCACAGUCAUCAAAAAGUACCUGUUGAAGGUUGCUGAGUUAUUCGAAAAACUUAGGAAAGUAGAAAGCAGAGUGUCCUCAGAUGAAGAUCUAAAGCUGACAGAGCUUCUCCGAUACUACAUGCUCAACAUAGAGGCUGCCAAGGAUCUUUUAUAUAGACGCACCAAAGCCCUCAUUGACUAUGAGAACUCAAACAAAGCACUGGAUAAGUCCCGGUUGAAAAGCAAAGAUGUCAAGUUGGCAGAAGCACACCAACAAGAGUGUUGCCAGAAAUUUGAACAGCUUUCUGAAUCUGCAAAAGAAGAACUGAUGAACUUCAAGCGAAAAAGAGUGGCAGCGUUUAGAAAGAAUCUAAUUGAAAUGUCUGAACUGGAAAUAAAGCAUGCCAAGAACAAUGUCUCCCUCUUGCAAAGCUGCAUUGACUUGUUCAAGAACAACUGAUCUGCCUUGUUCUGCUGUUCCUCUGAAGGAUACAUGUGGAAGAAAGCCAGCAUUACUUGCACUUAAAUCAUUACCACAGAUUUCUUACUUUUGACUUUGGUUUAAAAUUAUGUGAAUAAAUAUUUGAUUUCUAAAAAUCUUAACUCUUAACCAUGUUGGUUUUAAAAUGUUCCUAUUGCAUGUUAUUUGGACAUAACUAAUAUUCCUUGUGCAUUUAAUACCUCAGAGUGGGCAGAAUCCAAAUACUGGAUUCUGUAAUUUGUGUUUGGCUAUUUAGAAAAGGUGCAGGAAAAAUGUGCCUUCUAAAAACAAAUAGAAGCAAUUAUUUGGCACAGGUUGUCUCACUGUUGUCAUGUGCCCAUGGCCCUACAAACCAGUUACUUAAAGGCAGGUGCCGAUUUCAACAGCUAUUUGAUAACAUUCCAUUCCUUAAUUAGGCAAAUUUCCUCCUCCUUACUCAUGGCUCCUUACUCACCUCAAGUGUUUAUACUGUAAUAAGGGUAAGAAAGUUUCGUUUAUCUUUAUAUACUCUUUUUGCAACUUCAUUUUGUAGUUGGGAUAUAAAUAUUUGAGGGGAAAAGAAGCAUCCUGGGCAUAAAAACAAAUGUGAUGUACUUUAGAAGAUGGACAUAUCUAACAUUUAAGAUGUGAACUCCCUCCAUAAUGGUGGGUAUGUGUGCGCGUGUUUGGAUUUUUUAAUAAAAAUGUAUAAUG